UCUCCCUUCACGGGAGUGACUCUCCUCCUCCGCGAUGUCGGGAUUAGGAGCAGUGAAUAGCGGCGCUUUAACAUUCACAUGCACUCUCAUACACACACUCUCACACACUGAGUGCUGAGGAUGGAAAGAGUGUGUGAGUAAAUCAGAGAGCAGCACACACACUCACACACACCGCACGGAGAUUUAAACCGCGCCGAGCUGUGAAAAAAAGAGAGAAACAGUCUGGAUGCUAACGGCGAGGCCUCGGCUGAAGAGGCUAACACACAGCUUCUAGCCUGACUAGCCUAGCUUAGAUUCUCCUGGUGGAGCCGUUGUUGGAUUUCACCAUACGACUUCUUGCUGCUUCUCACUGUGGAGUCAUUCCAGGAUUCUCCCUCUUUCCCUGUGACUGCUGAUCUCUCACUGCCCCUUCCAUGCGCCACUGGCCCUUCACUUGGGCCAGAAGCAUGUGAAGCUUUUCUUAUGCAGCUCCUGAGUGGACUGUAAGACUAUUUGUAACACCCAAUCUUACACUAAAGGCCUGAGCCCUUUUCCUUAACCCCUCACCCCGAGAGGACACCGAUAGGGUUCGCCAUGAUGUUCCGGGACCAGGUGGGGAUUUUGACAGACUGGUUUAAGAGCUGGAACGAAUGCGAGCAGACGGUGGCGCUGUUGUCGUUGCUCAAGAGGGUUUCGAGGACCCAAGCACGAUUCCUCCACAUCUGUCUGGAGCACUGGCUGGCCGACUGCACUGAGAUACACUUACUGGAGGCUGAGGCCAACAAUGCAGCCAUAGUGAACCAGUGGCAGCAGGAGCCUAAAGAGAAGGUGGUGUCGCUGCUGCUCUCGCAUCUCCCCCUGCUUCAGCCACGUAACAGCGAGGCCAAGUGUGAGUACAUGAAGCUGCUACAGCAGGUGCUGAGCCACACCAUCGAGAGCAGCCUUUUUGUGGAGGAGAGCCGCCAACUGCUCUCCUACGCCCUCAUCCACCCAGCCACCACGCUAGAUGAUCGCACCAACCUUGCGCUGUGGCUCAACCACCUUGAGGAACACCUGUCGGCUCGACCGCCUCCUGGACCAUACCACCACCACCAUCACGCCCGACAGGGCUCAGACGAAUGGACAGGCCCAACCGACUCCCUGGAGGUGGCACAUGCCUGGCACGAUAAACCACCGUCCACAUGUAGCUCGCCUGCCGGCCAGAACGGGCACAUGGCAUUUCCCAGUGUUGGUGGAGUGCCCUCCCCCAUGAACAGCAACAGCACAGGCCUUUCUGGUCAGGUACAGCAGAGCUCAGUGACACGCUCGAUGUCUCUUGUUCCUGCCAACCAACCGGGCUGCAGCGCUGAUUGGUUGGGCCAGGACGAAGUGGGUGGGCGCCAGGGCGCCACUGGGGCGGAGCAUGCACCACUGUCUCCACAGGGCAGUGUAGCUUCAUCAGGCAGCGAGCAAACAGAGGAUCAAAGCAACACGCGGAACACGUUCCAGGAGGAUGGCAGCGGCAUGAAGGAUGUGCCAACAUGGCUAAAGAGUCUCCGUCUGCACAAGUACGCAUCCCUUUUCUCCCAGAUGAGUUAUGAGGAGAUGAUGGUUCUUACCGAACAGCAUCUGGAGUCACAGAAUGUGACAAAAGGAGCUCGGCACAAGAUAGCACUGAGCAUUCAGAAGCUACGAGAGCGACAGAGCGUCCUCAAGUCUCUUGAAAAAGAUAUCCUCGAAGGCGGGAACGUCCGGAACGCCCUGCAGGAACUUCAGCAGAUCAUCAUCACACCCAUCAAAGCCUACACCCCGCCCACUGCUACCCAGAGAGAGGUGGAGCCUGGAGCCACACCUACCGAAAAGGCAGCCAAUCCUGUGGAGGAGAAGGAUGCAGCUGUAGAGGGCUUUCAGAGCCACAACCCUCCACCCUGCGAUGGGGAGCCUUCGUCCACGCCCAUUUCAGAAGGAGACAUUCCUGGGCAGUUUACGCGGGUGAUGGGGAAAGUGUGUACGCAACUGUUGGUGUCACGGCCAGAUGAGGAGAACAUCAGCUGCUACCUGCAGCUCAUUGAGAAGUGUUCAACCCAUGAGGCGUUCACGGAGACGCAGAAGAAGCGCUUGGCGUCUUGGAAGCAGCAGGUGCUGAAGCUGCUUCGCCUUUUCCCACGGAAAGCCAUGCUGGACAUGCCUGUGUACCGACAGAAAGGGUGGGCGUAUGGUUCGAACUCUUUGCCUACAGCAGGCUCUGUGGGUGGAGGUGUGUCUCGCCGAGGACAGAGACAGUUCCCCCUGCCCCCUCGUGGAGCGCCACUUCCCAGUCGCAUGGGGAUCAUCACACACUCUCCACGACACACACUUGCUAACCAGCCAGCCGUCAGCGUACAGGGCAGACAGAACCUGUGGUUUGGGAAUCCUGGGGGGAGUAACAGCAUGCCAAGUCAGAGCCGGAGCUCUGUACAGAGAACACACUCCCUCCCUGUACACACAUCUCCACAAACCAUGCUCCUGUUUCAGCAACCAGAAUGCCCGGUUCCAGGGACUGACCUGGAGAUCAACCCCACGCUGGAGUCACUGUGCCUCAGUAUGACUGAACACGCCUUAGGAGAUGGAAUGGACAGAACAUCAACCAUAUGAAAAUAAAAGCAACGUAAAAAAAAAAAAGGAAAUUUUGCAAUCUCGCCCUUCUCUUCACGCAUGUGCGGCCUGGAACGCGCAAUCCACGCUAAAGAAAAACAAAACGGAAAAAACCCAAUUCACUACAAAAGAAACAGUGAGAAAAUGAACAGUGUACAUGUGCGCUUAAUAUUUUUCUACUUUAUUAUUCUAAGUUUAUUAUAAAAGGAAUACAGAUGACUAUUAUAUGAAAGGCAGUGGCAUAUGCGUCGGACCGCUCGGUGUCCUGCUCGCAUCUCGGAAGAAGGGAAGUGUCCAAGUUUCAGAUGGCUUCCUCAAAUCUGGAUGAACUGUGUCCGUAAAUCGAGUGAAAGGCGGGAGGGCUCGGCUCUGUGGGGUUCAGAGGAGCGCGAAUGAUUUGGUGCUGAUUAUAAGGGCUCUUGGUCUGUUCUGUCGUUCAUCCAGGAGUUGCAAAUACACACAUAUAUAUAUAUAUAUACACACACACACACACACACACUGUUCCUGAACUACCCUACGUCUUCAAGCUGCAUUUACAAGGACUUUUUAGUGUCUCUCAAAAAAACGACAGUAUUCUUUGUAAUGAAAACAAGCAUAAAUGAACGGCACCAAACGCAAACAAGCCAUUAGGAUUGUCUUAGCGAGGCUUCUUCUGUGAGGGAAACAAAAUCCAAACAGUCCUUGUGAACGCGGCCUUAGACGUCACGGUGUACUGGGAUCGACAUUCCCUUCUUUUUAACCAAUCACUGCCGUGUGAUGUCAUCAUGGUGCGCCUCUGACUCCUGCCGCUGAACCAGUUCGACUUCCAGGCUCUAUAUCUGAACACUCGUCGCUAGUGUUUUUGCUGCUGUCAAUCUUUGAGAAAAAAAAAACAAACACAAAAAUUAACGCAAAAAUGCUUGAUUGGUUGCAAAUACUAAACUGUAUCUAUGAAUGCAAAGUACUAACAAAAUACUAAACCUGAUCACUUGGUGGAUUUCUUGUAAAUAUGGUCAAUGUUUCAAUAUUUAUUAAUAUUUUGCAUUAUUUAUGACAUGAGACAACAAGCCAACAGCCUGCUUACUGAUGGAUCGUUUUUGUGGGAGGAGACAACGGCGCACACUGAUGACAUCAGAGACUGGUUUAAAGAAACGUAGAUGGAAAAACGUGUUCACCAAACACACACACACUGACAAGCUCUUCGUACUGACACGCUGCAUGAGAAGCUUCUGGGCACUUUGUGAAUUCCGUUGGCAGAAUUAUUUUUUAAUUAUUAAGAGUGACACAAACUCUGCAUCAUUAAUGGUUUGUCGUUGGCUUUUUUUUUUGUAUCAGUAAUUAGUUGUUGUGUGAUGACGAAUCUUAGGGGGAGGGAGAACAAUUUCACCGAUGUGGUUUCGGUCCCGAAGCACGACGAGUCACAAACUUUUGACAUUCCGUAUUUGGUCGUCUGAAAAUUCCAGGACAUGUGCACGAUGCUCUGUGUGUAAAACUGCAUUGUUGGAACCAUUUAGCACGAGACAACCCAAGAUCUAAACACAAGGCUAAGUCAGUGAUUAAGCUCAGUGAUUGGCUGAUCAUAUUCAACUUAAGCCCCGCCCUUUGUUGCCUGACUCUGGGCAAAAUUGUAGCACCAUUAGGAAACCUUUUCUUUCUUUUUUUUUUUUUUUAAUCUGCUAAAUUGCCACGAUCUAAAAAGUUGGCCAGCUUGUUCACUACAAAGUGCACCGUUAUAGGGGUUUACAUUCAUGGCGUAAAACGUAGUGGAGAAUUCUCACUAUCGAUAUCUGUAUUAAUCCGAAUUGCGCUCUUGAAAUAAUCGUGCAGCUUUUUAAGUUGAUGGCAGACACUUUUCAGUUUAGGAUGGAAAAAGAAACCUCCCCUUCAUACCUUUAUAUAGGACACCAUAUUUAUAACUUGUUGGCACUUGCGUUUUGGGGAGGACAAUAAAAAAAAACUGAUCACUACACUUGCUACUCCAGAGUUUGGCUGACACGACUCGCUAAAUCUUAAGGCAUAAGGAAAGUCUUUUUCUAGCAUCGAUGUGUUUACAAAAGCAGAGAGACACUUAAAACUGAUCUUUAUCAAGCAGCCGGUUGUAGGGGUUGUACUUUUGUUUUUAUAUGUGUAUAAAAGGCGGAGCUGGACUCAUACGUUCCUUUUUUUUCCUUUUUAAAGGGACGCGCCAAUUGUACUCCCUUUAACUUACGUCUCGCUCUCUCUCUCUCUCUCUCUCUCUCUCUCUCUCAUAUUCUCUCUCCCAUAUUCUCUCUCAGCAUAGCCCUUGUUUGUAUUAUUUGACCUCAUCUUCAUCCUCCCUCCCUUACAUUCGAGAGAUUUUAUGACUCAAACACAAAAAGGUGCUGAUAUAUAAAUAUAAAAUAAAUUUUUGUUUGUUUUUGUGUCUCGUAUAAUAACCCUCAACAGUACAGCCCGCUAGCGUGAUGAACUGUAAAAGUCUUAAAGACCAUUUAAAAAAAAGAAAAGAAAACUCUGAGAGUAGUGUGUACAGGUAUCCGAUUUGCUCUUUAUUUCCUGCAGAGCCUGAUCUGUUUUUUUGUUUGUUUUUGUUUUCUAGUAAAACUUUCAAGAAAA